GGGGGACUGAACCAGAACCAGAACCAAAACAAGCAGGGCAGGCCUGUUGCAAGAACUGGAUCCAGGAUGUCUUGCGGUCCAUUGGUGGUGGGUCUUCUCUUUAGGGUCCUGCUGCCCCUCAGCUUGACCGCAGCUGCUUUGCUGCGUUUUAACGGCUUCUCACUGGUAUACGUCCUCCUGCUGCUCCUACUGCCCCUGCUGCCGGAACCCAGCACGUCCCAGGGCGCAGGUAACACAAGUCGCUGUGUGACAGCUAUUUGUGUGUCCAGUUUCCUCUUCCUGUUACUGCAGACAUUCUUUCAGCUGACCACGACAACGCUACAACCAGAGUACAACUGCACGUCCUGGCAGAAAGCGCUGAGUCAGCUGGGAUUGGUCAGCCUUACAGGAAGUGAUGUGGCCUCCGCUGUGCGACACAUCCUUCCAGAUGUUGGCGUGCUGGUUGUCGGCCUGGUGACAUGGAGGCUGAGCCUGAGAUUGACCCCUGAAACACACACGCAGCAGCACGGACCUCAGGAUGAUCAGGUUUUUCAAGAGGAAGAAGAAGGAACCAAAAGGAACCGCAUUUUGGCUGAACUGGAAGUAUUGGUCUGCAAAACUAGGAUAAUGCUCGCGAACAUGAUGACCACUGGAGGGAAAGUUCUGCUCACAGUUUUGCUUGGACUCACAGGCAUCGUGCUACCGUCCCUUUCCUCCCUUCCCUACCUGCUGUGUUUCCAAGUGGUUUGUACCUGGUGGGCAAGGUCUGGUUGGGUCCCACCCCUCGUCUUCAGGUGUUUGUCCGUGAUGUCACUGGUCUACUCUUCCUGCCACUUCUUGCUUGUGUACUCCUACCAGCUGCCAUCACUGCAGGAGGCGUGGCUUCCUAACCACACCUCCGCAAGUGUGUUUGGCAUGCUGCCUCUGGUGUCGGUGGACUGCGCCGCCCCCUGGAGAAUGCAAGUGAACCCAGAGCUCAGCUGGUUUCAUUUUGUCAGUCCUCUGAUGUUGUUGCUGCUCUUCCAUACGGUCGCCAGUCUCUGGAGGAACCAGUUGAUUGCUGGCAAAAAGGCACAGAGUGCAGACAAGACGGAAUCAGCGGAUCCCGGUAGCUGUGACAUCAUAACUGCCACAAGCUUUAUCAGUGAUGAGGUCAGCAGUGAUAUCACAGCGGAGAGGCGGAGAGAGCUGUGGAGGGAAGCUCAUGAUGGGCGGGGCUACAAAGAUAUUUUGGAUACUUCCACUUACGACAGUCCCUCUGAGUCUUUGGCCCAGCCCACACAAAGCACAGCCCUCGAGUUGGACACACCUCACUACUCCCUUAGCCAAUCAGACACUUUGGAAACGUGUGCCUUUGAAGCAGAUGCUGACGCAUGGGGAGAGGUGGCAGAAGCACCGGGUGCGGGUGUGGCUUCCAUGGCCUUCGGAUUCCUGCUCAAGCAGAGUUACAUCGGCGCUUUGAUUGCCAUGAUGGCAUGGUCCAUCACAUAUGUGUCGUGGAUGACGUGUGUGCUGCUCAUCUGGUCGUGUGCGCUCUGGAUGAUGCGUGAACGACGCCGCUAUACGCUCAUGUCUUCACCAUGGCUGGUCGCCUAUGGCAACCUGCUUCUGAUCCUGCAGUACAUCCACAGCUUUGCUGCUGUCCAUGAAGUCCCUGGACUAUUCCCGAAAAAAGACGAUCCCUGCAGAGAGCUUGCCUCCAAGCUGAUGUGUUUGUUGACGUUCUGGCUGCUGCUCCGUCAAGCACUUACAGAGAAGAAAGACAGACAGAAAGACACAGAGACGCAGUCGCAGCUGUCUGCCAUAACCAUCCAUAUCAAAGAUGAUCAGAAGGCAGAGCAAGAGAAGAUACAAGAGAUUUCCUAUGAGAAGCUGCUUCUGUUGAGCGGAGGAGUUCAGAUGGAGGCCCUUGUAGCCGUUGUGACCAGGAUGUUUGUCAAAUACUGGAUCUAUGUCUGUGGAACAAUGUUUUUCUUUGUCAGUUUUGAAGGCAAAAUCGUCCUCUAUAAGGUCAUCUACAUGGUGAUGUUUCUGUGCUGUGUUGCCCUCUACCAGCUGAACUAUGAAAAAUGGCGGGCCUUGUUGCGAGGCUUCUGGGUAGCCGUAGUGGUGUACUCCAUGUUGGUUCUCAUUCUAGUCUACACUUUCCAAUUCCCCUCGUCCCUUCACACCUGGAGCUACUACACUGGACUCAGCACUCACAGAUUGGAGGAUUUGGGGUUAGAGAAAUUCUCCGUUCCAGUUCUAUUCACCAGGAUUUUCAUUCCCACAGCGUUUCUACUGGUGUGCAUCGUACACCUGCACUACUUCCACAAGCCCUUUCUCCUGCUGACUGACCUCAAAACGGUGGUAGACACGCACAAUAGCACCAUUACCAGGUUGGUUCACAGUGAGGGCAGCCUUGUGGAUCUGUCAGUGGGAGGUGCUUCUCAGCUCCCUCUAGAGGAGGAUGACGGAGGAAUCCUGAUAGAAAAAGAGGAAGAGAUUGAGGAGAAGCGGAAACCAGAAGAAGAGGAAGAAGAGUACCCCUCUAUGUUUGAGGAGGACACCUUGUCUGACCACAUCACAGUGUUGGUGUCCUGGAGGUUGGUAGUCGAUCGACUGUCUGUCUUGUUCCUGCGCCUCCUUCUGUCUCUGCAGCGUUUGCAGCGCCUCCUCUGGUGGCUGCUGGAACUUCAUAUUGUCAAAAUUGUGUCCUCCUACAUGAUUUGGAUCUCAGUGAAAGAGGUGUGUAUGUUCAACCUACUGUUUGUGGUGUGUGUGGGAGUGGCUCUUCCCUGCAGGGCCUGGCGCCCCCUGUUGUCGGGGAUGUGUACAGUGUGGACCUGUGUGGUGGCAGUUUGUAAGAUGUUGUACCAGCUCAACGUUGUCCAGCCUAACACCUGCAACUGCAGCACGCCAAGUAACUCCUCUACCAAUCUUUCUCGCUCGGUAUUGUACUCCAGUCCAAUUGACCCCGCCCAGUGGGUUGGCCUUCGCAAAUCUGAGGGAAAACUGCUCGACUACCUGAGGUACAACCUGAUGAUGCUCGCGCUGUUAGCUUUUGAGGUGACGGUUUACAGACACCAGGAGCUCUACCGUCUCCGCUGCAACAAAGUUCCGCCUCUGACAAGAACAUUGUUCCAUGACAUCACCAGGCGUCAUUUAGAUGAAAACAUGCUGAGCUGCGCCAAAUAUUUCCUCAAUUACUUCUUUUACAAGUUUGGCCUGGAGACUUGCUUUCUGUUGGCAGUUAAUGUGAUUGGUCAGCGAAUGGAUCUGUUCGCUGUCGGCCACGCUUUUGGGCUCAUCAGCGUCCUGUCAAGGCGCAGCAGGAAGCGGAUUAGUGCAGUGUGGCCCAAGUACUGCUACUUCCUGUCAGCGCUACUAUGUUUCCAGUAUCUGCUGUGCAUUGGAUUCCCUCCUGCUGCCUGCAAAGAUUAUCCAUGGCGACCACCGACAUCCAACAUGGACUCCAACGUAGUAAAAUGGCUUUUCCUCCCAGAUCAUCUGACUCCACCAAAUCCACUCUUCCUCCUCUACGACUUCCUGCUUCUGCUGGGCGCCUCACUGCAGCUUCAGGUGUUCGAGGAUGAACUUGAUGCCGGUGUCCAGACGCUGGCGGGGGACAACGGCGAGCUGGACGCAGAAGACGCACAGGCCUGGGAUCCAGUCAUGAGGCUCCGUCUCAGCACCGUCCCUGACUUCAUGCUGUGCAGGUCCUACCUCGAUAUGACGAAGAUCAUUAUUUUCUGCUACAUGUUCUGGUUUGUCCUCACUAUAAUCUUCAUCACUGGGACCACAAGGAUCAGCAUCUUCUGUAUGGGUUACCUGGUGGCAUGUUUUUACUUCCUUUUGGUGGGCGGAGACUUGCUGCUGAAACCUGUCAGCUCUAUCCUGGUUUACUGGGACUGUCUGAUCGGCUACAAUAUAUUUGUCAUCACCAUGAAGAACAUCCUUUCUAUCCUGGCAUGCGGUUUCAUCAAGUCGCUGGUUGUGAACCACUGUUGGCUGGUCCAGCUCUUCAGUCUGGCGUGCACCAUCCGAGGAUACACUAAACCGGAGCAGCAGAGCAGUAAACAGUGUGAGCUGCCAAGCGACGAGGCAGGGAUUAUCUGGGAUGGUGUGUGUUUCUGCUUCCUGUUGCUGCAGCGAAGGGUUUUUAGAAGUCACUACUUCCUGUAUGUGGUCCUGGACCUGCAAAACACGCAAGUGCUAGCCUCCAGGGGGGCAGAGCUUUUUGAAGCGUCCACUGUGAAAGCGGUACGAGCGAGACUGGAGGUGGAGAAGAUGUCCAUGGACCUGCUGAAGAGACAGAUGGAGAGGAUUAAAUCUCGCCAGCAGAAGUUUCGCAGAGGAAAAGAGAAAAUGCUCAGUUUGACGCAAAAGAGCAUUCAUAGUGAUGCACAUGAAAAGUCAAAAGGGCGGCAUCAUGGCGAUUGGUGGAGACCCUGGGUGAACCAUGCCUCCAUGGUAAGGAGUGGCGACUACUUUCUGUUUGAGAGCGACAGUGAGGAGGAGGAAGAGGAUAAAAGGGAGCAGGUGGAGGAGGAAGAGAAACAUCCUGAGAAAUCCGCUUUCCAGUUUGUCUAUCACGCCUGGAUAACUGACUCCAGAACAGCAUUGAGAGCUCGUCACAGUCAAAAGAAACUGUGGAAGAAGAACUCGAGUGAAGAACGGAGGGGGGAAAAGACAGCAACAUAUGGAUCUACUGAAGUGAUGGAGGAGUCGGAGGAGGACGGAGAUGAAGACAAGGAGGAUGGACCAGAUACCAUCCUACAUCGGGUCUCCAGCAUCCUUCGCUUUUGCUGGGUUCUGUUGUCGGCUCUGCUGGACUCGUUGACCUCUUGGCUCUGUGGUUUGUGUCGAGAACACGUCGACAUUUCCACCGUCCUCCGAAUGGAGCGCUGCAUGCUGACCCAGCAGGCCAAGCAGGGUCAAGUGCCAUCCAGAGAGGCCAUCCAUGUCUACUACCAAGAACAGAUGAUAAGAAAUUCCAGAGAAUCGGGAUUAGACCAUGAGGAAGGGGGAUAUACAACAGGGAAAAGACAGUGUGAGGAAGAGGAGGCUCUAAGUAUGGAUACAGAUGAAGAGGAAAGCCCAGGAUCAGAUGAACAAGCUCAAGCAGAACCUACAGGAAGUGGACUAGAACUCGCCUCCAGGGAGGAAGCAUUAGAGAUACUUCAAGCUACAAUAGAAGAUGAUUCAGUUGUAGGCCUUACAAGGGAAGAUUACCCAGAACUCCCUGUGGCUACAACCAGCCGGCGCCAACGAUCCAAACUUACCAGGAUGCAGAGGUUGACAUCGUCCUCGUUUUCUUCAUCCUCAGAAAAAGAGGAGCACAGCGCCAGCGAACCUCCAGCCUGCCUCUUGUGUCAGGUGUGCCCUCCGUCCUACAGUCAUGCUCUUGGCCUGAAUAUCCAGGCCAAAGAAGUUGAGCAGGACACUUCCAAAAAGAGGAGGCGAGGGACAAGAUCAGGAUUAAGGGAGAGGCGUCCGGUAUUUGAGACGACUGACUUACCGUCUGCUUGCACCUUCGCUUCCUGUCCAUUGGCAUCUCGUCCACAGGAGCUGACAGCGAGUGAGCUGCUGAAGAACAGGUCUUUCCACAACGAGGAGCUAGAGGCAUCAGACGGUUUCUAUGGCAACCAACCCCAACUGCUCCAGCUGUGCUAUGCCAUCUACAACAUUCUGGCUGCUAGGUCGGAGACGGUGUGCUACCUGGUCAUCGUCUUGAACCACAUGGUGUCUGCCAGCUGUCUAACCUUGGUUCUUCCUGUGCUGGUGUUCCUUUGGGCAACUCUGUCAGUUCCUCGACCUAGUAAGACCUUCUGGAUGACGGCAAUCAUCUACACAGAGGUCACCAUUGUGAUCAAGUAUUUUUUCCAGUUUGGCUUCUUCCCCUUCAACCAAAAACUGGAGGUGGACCGCUCCAAACCCUUCCACCCUCCUAACAUCCUGGGGGUGGAGAAGAAGGAAGGCUAUGUCCUGUAUGACCUUCUGCAACUGCUUGCUUUAUUCUACCACCGAGCCAUACUGAAGUGUCAUGGUCUCUGGGACCAGACUGCUGCUACUGAUCCUCAACAUCACCUGACAAACCAGUCAGAAUUUAGUCCAUGUUCGACCCCGACCGACACAGUACACUGGCGUGGUGGAAGUCACACUCGUUCUAGCUCAACCCAGCUGUGCUCUCCUGCAGGCAGUCUGAGUUCUAUUCAGAAACUCAGCAAGCUGGACCUUCUGCUGGAGAAGCUUACAGAACUUACAAUCCGAGUCAAGCGGUUUUGUUUUAGCAGGUGUAAGUCUUUCUACGGUCCAGUGCGUCAGUUCUUUCAAGCACUCGUUCAACCAGAAUACAGUGCUGUCACAGACGUUUAUGUCUUGAUGUUUCUGGCGGACACCAUCGACUUCAUCAUCAUCGUCUUCGGCUUCUGGGCCUUUGGGAAACACUCCGCAGCUGCCGACAUCACUUCCUCCCUGUCGGAAGACCAAGUUCCUGAAGCAUUCUUGGUGAUGGUUCUUAUCCAGUUUGGUACUAUGGUGAUAGACCGAGCUCUCUAUUUAAGGAAGACUGUUUUGGGAAAGUUGGUCUUUCAGGUGAUUUUGGUCUUAGGGAUUCAUUUCUGGAUGUUCUUCAUCCUGCCGACUGUCACUGAGAGGCGCUUCAAUCAGAACUUGGUGGCUCAGCUGUGGUACUUCGUCAAAUGUAUUUACUUUGGCUUGUCAGCCUAUCAGAUUCGCUCAGGUUAUCCAACGCGUGUUCUCGGAAACUUCCUGACAAAGAGUUACAACUACCUCAACCUGUUCCUGUUCCAAGGCUUUCGCCUGGUUCCUUUCCUGACUGAACUCCGGGCUGUGAUGGACUGGGUGUGGACCGACACCACUUUGUCUUUGUCCUCCUGGAUCUGCGUGGAGGAUGUCUACGCCCACUGCUUCGUCCUAAAGUGCUGGAGGGAGUCUGAAAUGAGAUACCCUCAGCCUCGCGGCCAGAAGAAGAAGCGAGUGGUGAAGUACGGCAUGGGAGGUCUGAUUGUCCUGCUGCUGAUCUGCAUCGUCUGGUUUCCCUUGCUCUUUAUGUCCCUCAUUAAGUCUGUCGCCGGAGUCAUCAACCGGCCCCUGGAUGUCUCUCUGACUGUCACCCUUGGAGGCUUCCAGCCGAUCUUCACGAUGAGCGCGCAGCAGAAUCAGUUAAAGGACCUGACCGAGGACGACUUCAAAACCUUCACCAGUUCCUACAGUUACACACCUAGUGCCUUGCAGUUCCUGGAGGCGUACAGUCACGAUGAUGUGACAGUGGCAGAGCUGCAGGGUAGCAGUAACUCCCUGUGGACCAUCAGUCCUCCCAGCAGGCGCUACCUGAGCCAGGUGCUCAACCUGGACCACUUCCCCCUUACCUUAUCCUGGACUGUACAGAGGAACUUAAGUCUUGGGGCAAAGGCGGAGCUUGCCUCAGGGAAACAUGUGACCUAUCUGGAUGAUCAGACCCGUUUGGAACUGAUCCAGCUGCUGAAUGGUACCAGAACAUUUCCCGUCGUGAUUCAAGGCGUGCUGCCGUCUUUCCUGCGAGCUCCUAGCGACUCCAACGCCAAACCCAUCGAGCAGCUCUAUGCAGACGGCGUCUACAAGGACAUUUUGUUGUCCCUGGAGCGGACAGACAAUGAGAGCCAAGAGAUCCAGGAGUGGUGGAUAGUUGAUCAACCAGCUUCCAGUCUGGUGCCUUUGGGAGGCGGAGUUUUAACGGAAUACAACAGGAGAGAGGCGGGGCUACAGCUGUUUGUGUUCAGCGAUAAAGUCAGUCCUCCCAGUCUGGGAUUCCUAGCAGGAUACGGUAUUAUGGGAUUGUACGCCUCAGUGGUGUUGGUCAUCGGGAAGUUCGUACGAGAAUUCUUCAGCGGGAUCAGUCACUCAAUCAUGUUUGAGGAGCUGCCCUGCGUUGAUCGCAUCCUCAAACUGUGCACCGACAUCUUCCUAGUGCGGGAGACGGGCGAACUGGAGCUGGAGGAGGAGCUAUACGCCAAACUGAUCUUCUUGUAUCGAUCGCCAGAGACCUUGAUCAAGUGGACCAGACGCUGACCUCAACUGACCUGCUGUGACGUCCUCCACUCUGAACUGUGAACAUGAAUUAUUUAAAGAGGGAGAUUACCCUAAAAAAACUUGGAAAUCUAUUUCAGUGUUUAUGAUGUAAUUUACUGGAAAAAAGGGAAUAUUUCUGGAGACUUUACUGGAACCCCCCAACCUGCUGGUUGACCACUGAACUGGUAACAUUUGAAUUGAAGGGCUAAGAGUUGAUAAAGUGUGUUAACAAUAAAUAUAAAGGACAUAUCCGGGAAUAACUGGAAUUCUAAGGAAGUGACAGGAACUUAAGUAUGAACGUGCACUAACGAUGAAAAGGAAUGAGGGGGCAGAGGUACUGUUGCCCACAACAUUCUAAAGAGUAUCAUAAAUAAACCUAACGUUUCUCUGAA